AUGUAUCAAGUCACAUCUGCAUACAAUAUCCUGGUGGUCCUGGCCGUCACCAUGGGGAGUUUCACCUACGGCUACUGUGCAUCGAUCCUGGCGAAUAUAUAUAGCCACGCUGCAUUUUACGAGUACUUGGGCCUUUCCCUUGAAGGCCCGGGGACGUCUCACACAAACAGCCUGAUUGCAGCAUUCAGCGCCUUGCUCUACGUGGGCGGCUUCAUCGGGUGUUGUCUUUAUCCGCUAUCCGCCUCCAGAUUUGGCCGGCGCAUCCCCCUGGGCGUGGGAUCUGUGUUUGUUAUUGUAGGUGGAGCAUUGCAAGCCGGCACGGUCCACAGCGCCAUGAUGUGUGUGGCGCGUAUCUUGACAGGCAUAGGAAUUGGGCACUUCCUUCCCGGUUGCCCGCUGUACCAAGCUGAAGUUGCACCCGCCCAUAAUAGAGGCUUUAUGGUCGGCCUCCAUGCGAGUGUAGUGGGAGCAGGCUUUACCGUCGCGCAGUGGAUCGGGGUUGCAUUUUUCCACACAGCGGGACAGGCAGGCUGGCGAGCCCCGCUUGCUCUCCAGUGUGUCUCGCCUCUGGCGAUGAUAUUUGUGGUCCCUUUCCUGCCGGAGAGUCCUCGUUGGCUGUACUUGGCUGGGCACGUCGAGCAAGCAGAGAAGACUAUCCUGCGACUACAUCGGGACAGAGCGGACCCUACCAACUCAUACGCACACCACGAAUUCCAGAGUAUCAAGGCCCAGCUCGAUCUCGAAGCAGAAAACAGACGAACCCUCUGGGAUGGUCUUGCAGAUCCGCACAUGCGCAAGCGUUUUAUCUUUGGGUUCUUGGUGAAUACGGCCUCGCAGUCCAGUGGCUCCAUUGUGAUCUUGACAUACUCGUCUGUCAUCUAUGCAAGGUUGGGGUUCAGUGCAUUCCUUCAAGGUAUCUUGGCCGGGGUCUGGACUGUUCUCCUUAUGAUCUUCAAUUUAUUAGGCGGCAUCAUUACCGACAAAAUUGGUCGGGUUAAACAGCUUGUGAUUGGACUCUUGGGCUGCUUAUUCUGCCUGAUCAUCUCGGCAGCUUUGAGCGCGACUUACGCUGGGAAGGACAACAGAUCAGCCAAUACCGCAGGCACUUUUUUCAUUUUCCUUUUUGUGUGCUUUUUUGCGGCAGGAGUUGAAUGUCCAUCGUUUGUGUACAGUUCGGAAAUCUUCCCUGCCGCCUGGAGAGCUUCAGGAGUUGGUGUGUCGUUGUCUGCUGUCCAGUUGUGGUCAGCUAUCCUCACUGGGGCUGCUGCAAUAGCCUUUGAGCAUAUUAAAUGGAAGUUUUACCUUGUCUUUAUCUGUUUCACCACAGUGAUGGCAGUCGUUGUCCUGCUGUUUUUCCCCGAGGCAAGAUAUUCCGCCACCAAAGGACUUACACUCGAGCAGAUCAGUAAGGCCUUUGGAGACGUCAUUGUUGAAGAUCUGACACCCCUCAAUGAUGUUUCCCACGAAAAAGUCUCGAGCCAAGAGCAGGUGUAUUCAGAGCAUGAAUUUAUGGACGCUGACGCCCGAAAAAGUGCUUUGGGCUAG